AUGCUUGAAUGUGCUGGGCUCAAUGUCAAACAUGUCCAAAAGAUGGCUGCUGAAUGGGACCCUUUCCUACAUGCAGAUUUUAUCUGUCACAGAAGUCAAUACCCCCCAAACUACCUGCUUCCGAUUGAUGAGGUAUCAAAAGAUGAUCACACAUACUUGUGGGGUAGGGCCCCUGUUGGGGAAUGGGUUGAACAACAUGACCCCUUUGUUCAGAGAGGCAGAUAUUCCAUGAUUGCUGCCCUGGCUCUAGAUGAGGGAAUCAUUGCAUUGAGAGUUGUUGAGGGCUCUUUGAGACAUGACACAUUCUUUAAAUACCUCCAUGCUAAUGUGCUUCCCCUCAUGACCCCAUUCUCUGGUCCUCACAGUGUUCUUCUUCUCAUGGUGUUGCACAAUCCUUGGUAA